AAAAAUAAUCCACGGGCGCUGCCAUCUUGUUUUCCCGUGCCGUGUUUCCUCGCAUGAUUUCGUUCAUUUCCCUUUUAUUUUAGGCCUAGGCCUAAAUUCUUUGCAAAAAAAAUAACGGGAUUGAAAAGCGCAUUCAGUCGUUCGUCGGUUUUGUUGUCUGCAAUGGCUAGCACGAGACGUAGUGUCAGUUCUGGCUUGUGUUGUCUUUUGUGUAUGUGCAUCGUGGUAGCAGCCCACAAGAAACAAGUACAUACACCACAGAAUCAGAAUGGCCAGCCAGUCAGCGUGGCCUGGGCUCAGCUCCAACAGCGAUUAAAAACCGGCCAGGAAAAUCUUGCCCAUCAUCACGAAGUCUACGGUGCUUUCACCACAGAGACUGACAACCAGACCCCUGUACUUCUUCCCGACCAACCAGCCCAGCCGUUCAAACUCUUCACCCUCAACGGCAUUGUUGAGUAUCCCAGUGCCCUUUUUGCCGACAAGCCAAUGAUCUUCCAUGCAUUUGACAAUCACUCGGCGUUCUUGGAGUGCUUGUGGACAUCUGAGGACUCCCUCCAGUCGCUCGUCAGUGGCAGUCCAAAUAACACGCAUUUUGUGUUUCUGCCGACGAGCGACGAUCCGUUGCAGGACGCCCUUUGGAUGAGAGGACAGAUCGCAAAUAAGAUGCAGAAAAUGGGGAAACUGAAGAAAGACGUCAGCAGUUUGCUGUCGGGGUUUCACUUUGUGACGACGUCACUGUACCAACUUGGCAAUUGGAUCCCCGCCCUAUUGCAGCAGUGGGCGUGUCAGGAUCAUGGGUGUGGCCUGCCACAGGCCGUCUUCCAGAAUUCCACCCUAGGCAAAUCAGUGGGCACCCUUAACCCAAUUGCAGGUGUACCGAUUGUGCUGAAACGUUUGGACGCCAGAUAUGAUUGGUUGCCUUCCCCGGACAAGUUUGGCAACCAGACGAUUCCGGUGGCAGCCUCCCAAGACGGCUGCAAACCAGACAGUAGUGUCGCCAAGAAGAUUGCUGUUGUAACGGCAGGAGGAUGCAGUUUCUCUCAAAAGGUGGCUACCAUGGAGCAAUCUAGCGCUACUGGGGUCAUCGUCUAUGCUGACCUGGGUCAACCUGUGCAGGAUAUGAACUGUGAGGGCGCCGAGUGCGAUGCGCCACCGAGUAUCCCUGCCACCAUGGUUCCCUACAAUCAAGAUUUGGUCAACAGGUUACAGACGGACAAUCUCUAUGUAUCCUUCCAAACCACUCCGACGGAGAAUUACUACUUCGGAAUCAACGGGGAGGGUCUUCUUGCUGAAAUGGGAUGGCUGCUGUACCCUACAUUCCAGUUCUUCAACUGGCAGGCCGAGUGGUUUAACUACAAGUCAACCCUGCUGCAAAAACUCAAGACUGAAGCAUUGGUCAUCCCAGUCAUUGACAAUUCCACCAUGCAAGGCGAUGCAGGCGUCGUAAAAACCAUCCAACUUCCAACACUAGAGAAAUUGUCCCAGUAUAACAAACUGGAGCUCGAUGCAUCUCUGUCUUGCCCUGGAACGAAAGAUGAGAGUUGCCCACCCUGGGAUCACACUGUCAAUCUCUACCUGUGCUGUAAUGGAACCUCCCCUUUGUGUAAUAUGGAGCUAGGCAGAUGGAUCACACCAUUCCGGAGACGUAUCGGCCGUUGGUUGACGGAUGUGUCCCCACUGUUUCCUCUCAUCAACUCCAACAUGUGCACGUUCACCAUGAAGACAGUGCCCUGGGCAAAAGCCUGGAAACCAUCGCUGAAUCUACGCUUCUCAAAGGACAGCACGGAAGGACUAUUGAGACCCUACAAAAUCACGCCCUUAUUCCGAGGGGGAACGUUCAACAAGAGCUACAACCAAAACUACAAGCCGCACUUUUUCACCGUGCCUGCUGAUGUGAAAAAGGUGCAGGUUUAUGCUGCGAUAACGGGACACGGAAGCGAUAACAACGGCUGUGGAGAAUUCUGCGUCACGUCGCACCACUUCGUUGUCAAUGGACACUAUAACAAUAUAACAUUCAGCAAUGCGGGCACCGCAUUAGGUUGCGCCCUGCGGACGCCCACAGGAGUGGAGCCCAACGAGCACGGAACCUGGCUAUACGGCCGCGACGGAUGGUGCGAUGGCAGAGAGGUGGAUCCUUGGGUCUUCAACGUCACUGCCCAACUGACUAGCGGACAAAAUAACAUCACCUAUUUUGGCUGGUUUGAGGGCAAAGACCCUAAUCCCACUGAGAACCCGGGAUACAUCAUCAUGUACUCAUAUCUGGUUUUCUAUAAGUAAUUUCAAGGGGUGAAAAGUAGAUAGGGCUUGAUAAGAAUUUUUGGGCCUGAAAUGUUUUUAUUUUAGAGCCACAAUCAAUAAAUUUCUAUAUUUACACAGUAGAAGUUUGAUGUGAUAAACGUGUAAUUUGUUUCAUUUAAAACUUGAAAAUGGCUCGAGGAAUGCAUCUUUAAAUUGAAGAGUUUACUUGGUCAUGAUGGAAAAACAACAUAAAGUUUCUUGUAAAGUGCACUUUAUAAAUACUUUUCAUAUUCAAGUCGCAAAACUUAUCAUGUAUUAAGGCCAAGUAAAAAAAAACGUUUAGCGUCCUGCCUGUUUUUUUUUUCUUUUUCAAAAAUGGCCGCCCUAUUUUUCAACACGACCAGCCGGGCUAUUUUUCAAGAUGGCUUCCAGCUCUUUAUUUUUAAAUGGCCACCACUUGGACCCGGGAAAUGACAUACCAGCUUUAUAUGGGCUAGAUACAAU